AUUUAGUAGGCACAUUACGCAUCCGACUGAUCGGUAGUAAAGUAAUUCAAACAGACCAACACAGAAUAAAAAAAUAUCAUGAAGGGUUUCGCAGUUUUCGGAUUAUUGGUGGUUGUUUUGGUGGCCGUUUCGGCGAGACCAGAAGAAAAGUACACAGAUAAGUACGAUAACAUCGAUUUGGAUGAGAUCCUUAGCAACAAACGUUUAUUGAAGAACUACACGAACUGUCUCCUUGGAAAGGGUAACUGCAGUCCCGAUGGUGCUGAUCUGAAGAAGGUUCUUCCGGAAGCAAUUAAGACGGAAUGCGCAAAAUGUACGGAAAACCAAAGGAAGGGAAGCAGGAAGGUCCUUCGUCAUUUGAUCGACAACGAGCCGGAAAUCUGGGCUGAAUUGGAGAAGGAAUACGACCCAUCCGGCGAGUAUGCCGCCAAAUACCGCGAGAUGGCCAAGAAGGAGGGCAUCAACAUCUAAACACGCCAGAUAAUUAUAUAAUAAUCAUGUAAAAACGACAAGUUACGGUGUCUAGGCAGCUAACGUGCACUUAUCUUCUUCCGUGCAUGCUGUUUACUAACCAUUUAUUGUUUAUUUCUUUCCCCGUAAACUUCUGUAAUAAAAUCUGUUAUAUCUUA